UAGAUUAAAAUAAAAUAAAGAUGUAUCGAAUAAUUAUUGAAUUAAGCCAAUGGAAUGGAAAGAGAGAAAGAAAGAGGCUUGAGGGGGUGUGGGAAAAUGGCGGGAAUCUGUUGUCCAACUCCCCCAGUAAAUCGUAACUGGAUGACCCAUCAGUCGCCGUUCAUCCCGCAGAGAGCCGACGUCGCACGAUGCUUCUCAACUACACCAGGAAAUGGGAACGGAUCCAAAACGCCGCCACUUCUCAAGUGGACAGUAAGCGGCGUCACUGAGCUGCUCAGUCUCUUCUCUCUUGGCAAGAAGAGGUACCCAUCUAUCUCUCUUCUGUUUGGAUGGUGAGGAAAGAAAAUGCAGAAAGAAAAAAGGUCUAAUUUUUUUUGGUUAAUUGUACAAGACAUGAAUAUCCGGUGAUGUCCUCCCAAGAGAUAUAUAUAUUUUUAAAUCUAUUAUUCACUUUAAUUUUGGGAGAUUGAAUAAAGGGAGCACUGGGGAGAAAGAUGAGAUUUUGGUUUCCGGGAUUGAUGAUGUUUUAAAAAUGCUCAAGUUUGAUUAUGAAAAUGCUUAUUGUUACAGGUGCCUUUUUUUACCUCUUAGGCUUUGUUCAAUCUGUUAUUUUAUAAAUAUUUAGAUCCCAG